CCUACCUUCCAGUUCAUAUACUAUAUUUAUUCUGUGCCUAUAUGCACGUGCAUUUAGAUUUGUGAUGGAUCCUUGUGACGUACCACAUUCCCGGAAUCCCCAUCCCCAUUAUCCCCACUGGGUAAUCCCCCACGCACUAAAAUACGUAGGGUAGGCACUAGAAAUAUUAUCUGUUGGCAGCAAACUCACUUGCGGAGUACACACGGAGCAUAUAUCUCGCCGGUUAAACCGACUCGACACCCGUCAGUUCACGUAACCAGGGUCUAUACAAUGAGCCACACCAACUCACGACAUUCGUACAUCGUGCUACGAAUUACUGCUUAUGAAUUCCCUAACAGAUGUGGAUAUCUAAUGAGUGUUCUGUGUUGACACAGGAGUGCCGCGCGUUUCUACUCUCUUCAGGGAUUUGCGAGGGGUCGAGAUAGAAUACUACGGAUAGUCGGUCAGGCCCCUGACUCCAAAUAUGGGGCCGACUAUAUAAUAAUAAAGUGUGUUCUCCAAACAGUCGGAAUCAUUCUCCAAGCUCUCUAUGCGACAGAACUGACUUAGCGCACUCGUUCAAAUAUGACAGCCCCUUCGAUUCUCCUUAUUCCUGGCUCUUUUGGGAUUCCGGAAUUCUACGAUAACAUCACCGAGGCUGUUAAGGCGAAAGGUUAUGAAAUCAAAGGGUUGCGUUUGCCGAGCGUUGGCCUGAAAGAUGAGCCCAGAGGAAUACCACCAACAUUGUACGACGAUGCUGCUUUCAUUGCCAAGGAAGUAACAGUUCUCGCAGAUGAGGGUAAAGAUGUUAUGCUCAUUGGACACUCAUAUGGUGGUAUCGCGAUCACCCAGAGCACCAAGGGGCUAACAAAGGGGGAGAGGCAAAGACAAGGAAAGAAGGGCGGUAUCAUAAGACUUUCAUAUAUUACAGCACUGGUGCCUCCCCUGGGGGUUUCGUCUAUGAAUAUCCUGAGCACAAUACCUGACGAAAACCGCGUUAAGCUUGCAACUGAUGACAAAGGCUGGCUUUAUAUCAGCAACAUUCACGAAGCAGCUUUGAUAACACUCUCGGACUAUUCCGACAAGGCUGCGAGGGAAGCGCUUGUCGAACAAUUUCAAUGCCACUCCUCUGUCAGUUUUACCAAUGAGUUGACGUAUGCCGGAUACAAGGACGUCCCUGUUUCUUAUCUAUUCUGUGAGGAGGAUUCGUGUGUUAUACCUCAGACCCAAAGAGACGGGAUAGAGGUGGUUGAAAAGGAGAGUGGGAACAGGGUUGAUAUCACAUACGUCAAGGCCGGUCAUUGUCCAAGUGUUACUACCCCACAGGAAGUGAUCGACUGGAUUAUUCGCGCCGCAGAAAAGGGUGAAACGGUUUAGGUGAAGAGUAGGCACUUAUUGACUGUCACAGAACGUAUAAGGAUAUCACCAUUACUCGGC